AUGGAGCGGCCGGGGCGCUUCGGGCUGCUGCUGGCCGCUUACGGGCUCUUCUUGCUGCUGGGCGCCGCCGUCUUCGCAGCCCUGGAGGCGCCCGCCGAGCGCGCCUUGGUGGCCGGCUUGCAAGCCGCCCGCGCCUCGCUGCUGGCCGAGCACCGGCCCUGCCUGGCCGAAGAGCAGCUGGCCGGGUUGCUGGGGCGAGUCCUGGCCGCCCGGGGCUACGGCGCCUCCGCCCUGGGCAACGGCUCGGCGGACCCCGCCUGGGAGUUCACCUCGGCGCUCUUCUUCGCCGCCAGCGCCCUCACCACCACCGGUUACGGAAACUUGGUUCCUCUCUCGGACGGGGGCAAAAUUAUCAGCAUCCUUUAUUGCUUUGUGGGCAUCCCGGUGACCAUAUUGUUCGUCCGAUGUUUACUCCGCGGCCUGUUGCCCAUCCUAACGUACCGGCCGGUGCAAUACAUUCACAGCCGCUGGGGCUUCCCACGGGGGCACGUGGCCUUAGGACACUCCGUGGGGAUGGCGAUGGCCACCGUGAGCCUCUUCAUCGUCAUCCCGGCCGUCUGUUUCUGGAUCUUCAAGGACAACUGGACCUUUCUGGAGUCCGUCUACUUCUGCUUCAUCUCGCUCAGCACCAUCGGCCUGGGGGAUUUCGUACCCCGCGUCGUGUCUCCCCCGUCGCUACACGGGUUUUACGAAUUGAGCAUCACGUGCUACCUACUUACCGGUUUGCUAGCCAUGCUCGUGACCCUGGAAACAAUUUACCGGCUGCAAGAAAUCCGUGCUCUCGUCCGUUUCUUUGCUCCGUCCCGCAGACCGAUAUUGGAGGCUGAUGAUCAUGUGGGAAUCGUGACCAGGGAUCAACUUGCAUUGACCUUCAAUCUCGAACCCUGCUCCCCAAAAACUUUAACUGAAAAGGGUGCCCCUUAAUGUGUACCCCUCACCAUACAUUCACCGCACUCCGAAAUCUCUCCCAAUACAGGUAAUCCUCGACUUACGACCGCAAUCGAGCCCCAAUUUCUGUCGCUAAGUGAAACAUUCAUUAAGCGGGUUUUUACUCCAUUUUAUGCCGCAGUUGUUAAGUGAAUCACUGCAGUUUAAGUUACUAACAGGGUGAAGUGAAUCCGGAUUCCCCAUUGACUUUGUUUCUCAAACGGUGAUCCCACUGACCCCGGGGACAGUGCGAUCGUCAUAAAUGCGAGUCAGUUGCUAAGCAUCUGAAUUUUGAUCACAUGACGAUGGGUAUGCUGGAACAUUAAGUGUGAAAAGCGUAUGUUACUUUUUUUACAGCGCUGUUGUAACUUUGAACGAACUGCUGUAAGUCCAGGACCUUCUGACAAAGUCAAUGGAGAAGCCAGAUUCACUUAACAACCCCGUUACUAAGUAAACAACUCAGGAGCUGCCACAAAGAAGAGGGAGUGAAGCUAUUCUGCAAAGCACCUGAAGGUAGAACAAGAAGCAAUGGGUGGAAACUAACCAAGGAGAGAAGCAACUUAGAACUAAGGAGAAAUUUCCCGACAGUGAGAACAAUUAACCAGUGGAACAACUUGCCACCAGAAGUUGUGAAUGCUGCAACACUGGAAGAUUUUAAGAAAAAAUUAGAUAACCAUUUGUCUGAAGUGGUGUAGGGUUUCCUGCCUAAGCAGGGGGUUGGACUAGAAGACCUCCAAGGCCCCUUCCAACUCUCAUUCUAUUCUAACUGGAAUGAUUCAAUCAACAACCAUGGCAAGAAAGAAGGUAAAAUGGGACAAAACUCACUUAAGCAACAGAAAUUUUGGGCUCGAUUGUGGUCAGGGAUUAGCUGCAGCUUUUUUUUCCCAGUCCUGUUGUAAUUUUGGUUGUUAAAUGAGUAAUUGUAACUCAAAGA